CUUCAAAAUUCAAUUUUAGCGGCGGUGAUUAGAAGAAGAAGAAGCACUUGCGGUGCAAGUAGUGGAUACAAAAAUCAGAAGAACUUUCAAUCUUUUACUUUAUUAUAAUUGUUUUUUCAACAAAUCAGCAUCACCAUGAAUGCAAUUGGGGGUUCAAUUUGUUUAUCAUCAUCAUCAUCUGCUGUUCGAUUCCCUUAUUGGCGUCUAUUCUGUAACUCAUCUUCUUCUUCAUCCUCCAAAACCCUAAUUUCUACCUACUGGAGCAAGACUGCCAACGCUAUGUCCCAAUUCUCAUCUUCUUCUAUUACAUCAUCGCCGUCGGCCUUGGAAACGAAGCCCAAUUCACAGCCAUGGCUCAUCGUCGGCCUUGGUAACCCCGGGAAGAAGUACAAUGGCACCCGCCACAACGUGGGUUUUGAGAUGGUAGACGCUAUAGCUGAAGCUGAGGGGAUAUCUAUGAGCAGUGUUUCCUAUAGGGCCCUGUUUGGAAAAGGUUACAUUGGAAAUGUUCCAGUUUUGCUUGCAAAACCACAAACUUUUAUGAAUGCAAGUGGUGAGUCUGUUGGAGCAAUUGUUUCAUAUUACAAGAUUCCACUGAAGCAAGUACUUGUGAUUUUUGACGACUUAGAUUUGCCUUUUGCAAAAUUACGGUUAUUGCCGAAAGGUGGACAUGGAGGACAUAACGGCAUGAAGAGUGUGAUUAACCACUUCAAAGGGAGCCGUGAUUUUCCUCGUUUGAGAAUAGGCAUUGGGAGGCCUCCUGGAAAAAUGGAUCCUGUCAACUUCGUUCUUCGCCCGUUCAACAAACAAGAACAAGAAGAGUUGGAUUUUGCAUUUCAAACUGGCAUUGAAGCAGUGCGGAUUCUUUUGCUCAACGGUUUUGAUAAAAGUGCCACAUUUGUUAAUAGUGGCAAAUAUUUGGAACAGCUCGGUUAAAAAACUCUCCCAAGGCUUUGCUUCUAAGAAUUGUUCUAAGUAAUUAUUCUUAGGUGAUCGGAAAUGGAUUGAUGAUAUAGAUGGGCGAGGAGAAUUUGUGUUUUAUAUAGUGGAUAGUUCAUAGUUAUGAUUUUUCAGGAUAUGGCAAACUGACUAGAAUCCAUUAGAGAUUAGCUUCAAAACCCUUUUCAAGAUUAGCAAACUCAUGGAGGGUUCAAGCCAUGUUCUUUGAUAGAGCGAUUGCAGCCACAAAUACCAAGUUUUUACGAUUUGCAUUCGCUGGAAUGAGUGAGAAUUUGUAUUCUUUCAAGAACCAGAGUAAUUUUAUCCUCAAUUUAUCAUAAUUAUUAUUUUUUUUU